AUGAUGGAUGAUGGUAUACCUCAGUAUUUACCUGCAAUUGUAUUAGACAUCAUAUUCUCAAACUUGGAACCACAUGACUUACUUAGCUGUAUGUUAGUCUGUCAAAAUUGGUACCAAAUACUUAAUAAUGACAAAGCAGUACCAUGGAGAUUGAUGUGUCAGCGUAAAAUAUCCCAAAAAAUUUUGAAAUCAGAACUUUUGUCAAAUCUCAACAGUCCUAAAGCGAAGUUACGUGCUUUAUACCAUGCAUGGAAUCCAUUAGAUUGUUCUGAUCAUAUUAUGAUUGAGCAAAAUGGAUUUACAUUACAUCGAAAUCUAUUUCCACAGAGACCGAAUAUGGUUAGAACAAAAAUUGGUUAUAUGAAUGGUAAACACGUAUGGGAAAUAACAUGGAUUAAACCACCACGUAAUAUUCUCUAAUUUAAGUUUAACUUAAAAUAAGUUACUAUUAAUACACCUAAAAUUUGUUUAUUUAGGUACAGUAGCAAUGGUUGGAGUGUCAACACAGGGUGAACCAAUACAUCAGUGUGAUUAUGUGCCUUUGUUGGGAAUCGACAAGUAUAGUUGGGGUUGGAAUCUAAGUAAUAAUGUUUUGCUGCAUAAUGGAAUAAAACAAGGCAGUUAUCCAUCAAUAAAGAAUACUUCAAAUUCUAUAAGUGGUGAAAAAAUAAAACUAGUAUUAGACUGUGAAAAUGGUGUUUUGCACUUUGAAAAAAGUAAUGAAUUUUUAGGUAUUGCUUUUAAAAAUUUACCUAAACUUAAAUUAUAUCCUACAGUGGGAACUAUUUUUGGUAGUUCAAAAGUAUCAGUUGUAUAUAUUGGCAAAUCUUAG